AAAUUGUAAUUUGGAAUCUCAUUUUUCGAGCUAACACCAUGUGCCCGUUUGGCCGUUUCCAUGUGUAUAAUUAUUAAUUAUUGUAUAAUUAAAUACACAGACAUAUAAAGUUCUAUGAUAUAAAUUAUAAGUAUAAAACUUACUUUUUUUUAAAUUGUUUCAUAUGACGUCUGUAUAAUUUACAGUUCCAUCAAUACACAGUAUAACGAAACUCUUAAUAUGAAGACCAAAUCUUCGGUGAAAACCAGCUCAGAACAACGGUUUGUUUUCAAAUCCAGGAAAGCUGAACGUAAAGCUAUGCGCCAAAUGAAAAAACAGAAGAAAGGACACUUACAACAAGUGAUAACUAAAGAACUGACUGUACAAAAGGUAAAUUCCAAAAAGAAAUUACCAAAAACUUUAAACACAACUGACUGGCGAGUAUUGGAUAGAAAUAAAGAAAAAGUUGAAGAAAUUAAAUUACAAAAACAAUUUGAGAAAAGUCGUCGUGAGCAAAUGAAACAUGCUAAUGAAGAUGAAGAUAAAGAGAUCAAAAGAUUAGCCAAACAUUUAAAGUUAGACAAGAGGAAAACGGUUGGAAAAUCUUUUAUUGAUGAUGGACUUGAUUACUUGUUGGAUGUGUGUGAUCCUGAGACACGUAAGAACUGUUCGUCUUUAAAAGAAAGUUUGAUGGAUAUUGAUUCAAAUUUUGAUGAUGAUUAUAAUACUAUUAAUGCUUUAAAAAAAAACAUUAAAAAAAAAGAGCCAGAAAUCAAAUCCAAAAAAAAAGUAGCGUUUGAUUGUUCUGAUAAUUCAUCUAAUGAAGAAACUUUUAAUUAUGAACAUGAAAAUGUAUCUGAUAACGACAUUUUGGAUGAUGAAUUUGAAGACGAAAGUUUAUCUGGUGAAGAAACUCUUGAUAAAGAUUAUGAUAAUGAAAUCAGCAUGGCGCGACUAACAUAG